ACAGUUCCGACAGCAUUGUCAAGCACAAAGCACCAUUGGAAAACCACUAUCCACCAGCAAAUCUAGUCAUGGCCCUGAUCAAGAUCACCCUCAUCUGCUGCGCUCUGAUCGCCGCCAUCGAGUGCGCCCUGCUCCCAGCUGCUGUUCCAGUGGGAGUGCCCCUCAACACGGAGGUGGAUCCACAUCCGCAGUACGCGUUCGCCUAUAAUGUGCAGGAUGCCCUUACCGGGGACAGCAAGAGCCAGCAGGAGGUGCGGGAUGGAGAUGUGGUCAAGGGCUCCUACUCGGUGGUCGAUGCCGAUGGUUCACUGCGCACCGUCUUCUACACCGCCGAUCCCAUCAACGGUUUCAAUGCGGUGGUGCAGCGAGGACCAGUUCCGGUGGCUGCUCGCCCAUUGGUGGCUCCAGUGGCUGCUCCAAUCUUGGGCUAACUCCACAAUCUUUCAGAGCCUUUAACACUGCUUGUAACCUAGCUUUUACAUAACUUAUUGUCUGCUCCUUAGUCCGUUGUAAAGUCAGUAAUCAUUAAACAAUAAACUCAAUAAGCCAAAG